ACAAAAAAGAAGAUAAAAUCCUUGAGAAAAUGGGUGCCAAUGGCUCGACUCUGGAAAGACUAGAGCAACUGCCAGAAGAUGAGAGAUAUAAUGGCCUCACUAAUUUUGGUAACACUUGCUAUGCCAAUUCAGUCCUACAGGCUCUUUAUUUCUGUCUCCCGUUCCGAGAGAAGGUAUUGCAGUAUUCUCACGGAGAGGAAAAGACAGAGACGCUUCUUUCUGCUCUCUCUGAUCUCUUCAUUCAAAUGAGUAGUUCUAAGAAGAAGUUUGGGGUCGUGGCCCCGCGUAAAUUUAUUCAAAGAGUGAAGAAGGAGAAUGUUGUGUUUGAUAAUAUGCAGCAACAAGAUGCCCACGAGUUCUUGAACUAUCUACUAAAUACAAUAGCAGAUUUAUUAAAAGGUACAAU